GACGGGAAAUGCUUUGAAUACUUGCGACAUGGCUGCGCGCAUUGAUUGCCGAGAUUGACAGCAGCUCUGGCCAGAUAGUCUUCUCUUGUAUUGAGUGUGUGAGAGAGGGAGAUAAAGAGCAGAUAGGCGAACAAACAAAAGGUACUUGUAGUUUUGGACAAGUGAACUUCGCUAGUCUGCAGGACCCCCCACACCCCUCCCUCCUGCAUGGCCCCGUGAGCGCACUCAACUUCUCGCUCAACAGAUAGUGAUUCUUUUCUGAAAAGUAUAGUCGAGUUUUACGCACGGGAAAAGGACGCACGUUUGUCUUCUCUACUGCUCACAUCAUCAAGACCACUGUUGUGACUCCACCUCGUUGCGCCCCAAACUCCCCCAUGCAGAGUCCAGCCUGACUGACUGUACGGCUGCUGCUUCUGCAGAGAUAACCACACUGCAUCCAGGUUAUUUACAUGAAUUCAAAAUCAACCGACCAGUGAUCGCUGGAAACUGGGGAUUGAGUCUUUCAGUUUUUAACCCCACACGCUGACAUGGAAGGCUUUCUUCGUAGCAGCUUUUUACUGAGCAGAGUCAUGUCUUCAAAGCAAGCCGCAUCUCCUUUUGCCCCUGUGGUUGACGGUGAUGAUGCCAUGAGUCAGGAGCACUUGUCUUGGGAGAAGGAGGAGAGUGCAGAAGCCCAUGGCAUGCCUCAGCUCCCGUUGCACAGUCUGCUCCAUGGAAAAGCCCCUGAAGAAAUGCAGCCACUCAGCAGCGUCCCACAGGAGAGCGACUGGGACAGCCUGGUGUCAGCACAGCAGCGCAUGGAAUCUGACAGCAAUAAAGUAUGUUCCCUGUACUCCUUUCGGAACAAUUCCACUUCCCCACACAAGCCCGAGGAGGGGGCCCGGGAGCGAAGUGACCUGCUGAGCGGAUCAGCGUUUGGAACUCCCGAGCGCCGCAAAGGAAGCCUGGCAGACGUAGUGGACACGCUGAAGCAGAAGAAGCUGGAGGAGAUGACAAAGACAGAGCAAGAUGAGUCCUCGUGCAUGGAGAAACUUCUUUCUAAAGACUGGAAAGAGAAAAUGGAGAGGCUCAACACCAGUGAGUUGCUGGCAGAAAUAAAAGGUACUCCUGAGAGCCUGGCAGAAAAGGAGCACCAGCUCUCCACAAUGAUCACCCAGCUGAUCAGCCUACGGGAGCAGCUUCUCGCUGCUCACGAUGAACAGAAAAAGCUGGCCGCUUCACAAAUGGAGAAACAGAGGCAGCAAAUGGAGCUGGCCCGUCAGCAACAGGAGCAGAUUGCAAGACAACAACAGCAGCUCCUGCAGCAGCAGCACAAAAUCAACCUCCUCCAGCAGCAGAUCCAGGUCCAGGGUCACAUGCCUCCGCUCAUGAUCCCCAUUUUUCCACACGACCAACGCACUCUAGCAGCAGCAGCUGCCGCCCAGCAAGGCUUUCUCUUCCCUCCGGGAAUGUCUUAUAAGCCAGGUGAUAACUACCCAGUGCAGUUCAUUCCAUCUACAAUGGCAGCUGCAGCAGCGUCAGGACUCAGCCCCCUCCAACUUCAGCAACUGUAUGCCGCCCAGAUUGCCAACAUGCAGGUCUCUCCCGGAGCCAAGAUGCCUCCACUCCCCCAACCUCUCAGUGCUAGUGGGCCCAUCUCUCCAUCAUCUCUGAAGAAUGACAAGAGUUCCUCCAGCCCCAUCACUCAAGUCAAGGAGGAGGGAACACAGCCCCUCAACCUGUCUGCUCGGCCAAAGACGACAGAAAUGGUCAAAUCUCCUACAUCCCCAACACAGAGCCUGUUCCCCGGCAGUAAAAGUAGCCCUAAUACUUUUCUUGGCAAGGGUGGCAUCCCUAGCCCACUUGGAGGAGGCCUGGGCCGGGCCUCGUCUCUCGAUAUUUUGUCCAGCCUAAACUCGACUGCAUUGUUCGGGGACCAGGAUACAGUGAUGAAAGCCAUUCAGGAGGCUCGGAAAAUGAGGGAGCAGAUCCAGAGGGAGCAGCUGCAACACCACCAACAGGGCAUGGAGUCAAAGCUGUCCGCUCUCACUUCAGUGGGCCUCAAUAACUGCAGAUCCGACAAGGAGAGGGCACACUUUGAGAACCUUGGGCACCACCUCGGCAAACUGGGAGAGGAGGGGAAGAUCGGCCACAGGGUUAUCGACCUCACCAGGCCAGAGGAUCUCGAUGGAGGCACUGGAACUACUGAGGCGCGAGUCUUCAGGGAGUCCCGAGGACGGAACAGCAAUGAGCCCCAUAUUAAGAGGCCUAUGAAUGCAUUCAUGGUGUGGGCUAAGGAUGAGCGGCGCAAAAUUCUCCAGGCCUUCCCUGACAUGCACAACUCCAACAUAAGCAAGAUUUUGGGUUCUCGGUGGAAGUCAAUGUCUAACCAGGACAAGCAGCCAUACUAUGAAGAGCAGGCUCGUCUGAGUAAGCUCCAUCUAGAGAAGUAUCCAAACUAUAAGUACAAGCCGAGGCCGAAGAGAACCUGCAUUAUCGACGGAAAGAAACUCCGCAUUGGAGAGUACAAGCAGAUGAUGCGCUCCCGGCGGCAAGAAAUGAGACAGUUCUUUACUGUGGGGCAGCCUCCGCAGAUUCCCAUCACCACCAGCUCCAGUAUGGUCUAUCCUGGGGCCAUCACCAUGGCGACCACAACACCCUCACCUCAGAUGACGUCAGAGUGCUCAAGUACCUCGGCGAGUCCCGAGCCAUCCAUUCCCGUCAUUCAGAGCGCCUACAACAUGAAGCUAGAGCCCAGUACCAUGGCGAACAACAGCGAGCCGGUCAACGGCGAUGAUGAGAUGGACAUGUACGAAGAUUUUGAGGAUGAGCCCAAAUCAGACUAUAGCAGUGAAAACGACACGCACGAGCCAGUCAGCGCCAACUGAGAUCUUUUUAACCAAACAGGCCAAUACAGAUACAAGAGUGGUACAGAGGAGGCCCCAAGGGAAGGAAAGAGCAAAAGAACGCAAAAACUACACCAGAAAAGUUUUAAAAAAAACGUAAAAAUACAUAAUUAUGUAUCAAGUGGAAGCGAGCAUGUUGCUGUGGCUUCGAGUCAAAAGCUAUUUGGUCUUAAAUGUUAUUUCAAGUGUGUGAGGCAGUUUGGUAAUUUAUAUUUUUUUGUUUUCUUUUCUUUUUUGUUUUAAUCGCAUUAUGUAUUUUUCAUUGAGAUCAUGGACAUUCAUACAAUUAGUUUAUUGCCUAAAAACAAAAGCUAAAACUUGACGCUAAACGUCUGAUAUGACCCUAUAAUUAUUGCAGCCGUUACCUCAUUUUCCUUUCCAAUUAGAUGAUUUUGCUACUUUACCUAUCUGCUUAAGAUGAGAAUAAUAUUCUCACUCAGGUAUAGUGUGUCAGCCAACAGCUUAAAGAAUGUUUUCAAUUAAGAGACAAAAAAAAAUGACCGGUAUAAAAUAUCUCAAAAUGAUUAUGGAAUGAUUCCAAGUGUAAUCUAUUAUAAUUAUUAUUAUUAUUAUUAUUAUUAUUAUUAUUACAGUUUUUUAUUCAUAUUACCCAGCAUUAGAUUUGAGUGUGGAAGUGCCAAAUCUUUCAAGUUCUUUCAAAAACCUGUAAAGUCUUUGAGGAGAGGCUUUGUAAGUCUCCGACAAUCUCUUCAUCUCUUAAUGCAGCUUCAUUAUCCAGUCUUUCUUUAAUUUACCCUUUUACUUACCCCAGAAUAAACAAAUGAAACUCAGGAACUCAGAGGCAGCAAGCUCGGCAGGAGGUUACAAUAUGUUACAUCUGGGGACGGACGCUUGUCAUGCUAGGGGAGGCCAAUGCAGUGAUCAUCAAUGACAUGGGCCAGCCCUUUCAUUUCCUCAUCCCAAUACAAACAGAACAUCGUGGCAUCCUUCAUUCAUUUCCAGCUCUGCAACCAAGUCUGACUCACCAAGAUCUUAAUCAGAGUGAUUGUAAUCAGGCCAGAACGCUAAAGGGCCAAAGGCCUCCAAUCUGCAGGAUUGGAACAGCAGUGAAAGGCAGCUUUGGUGGCAUUACAAUCUCAAAUUGAUGUUGUACAAUGUGUAGCUGUAAAGCCACAGUACGUUCUGUUAAACACUUUAGCCUCAUUUGGAUGGCAUGUUUAAAGUCUUAAAAUGUAAUUUUUUUAGACAUUGUAAAUCUUAAACUGACACUAAGAAGUCUUAAAAGGGAGCACGGUCAUUGGGUUGAGGCAUUGAGAUGAUUACUGGAGAUGUCAUGAAAGGAAAGGAGUUGACAGUUUGCCAGGACGUCCUUCAACAAAGAGGCUGAAAUCACGUUUGUUUACCCCUCCAUGUAUAUAUGACAAAGCUGACUCAAAACACUAAUUUUUCAUCUUUUUUUUAUUCAGUAAACUUAGAUAAUUUUUUUAAAUCACAUUUGAGCCUUGUAUUAUGAUUUCUAAUAAUCUAUGUAAAGAAGACAAAAUGCAAUGCAGCCAGAUAAAACAACUGGCGGUCAAGGCCUUGAUGUUUAGACUCAGACCCUCUACAGGGCAGAAAGUCUAAGUGGCUCUUCUCCCUGCCAUGCCCUGCUCCGACACUGGUCUGUGGCAACCUCGGCACUCAGGGGGUGCCAUCUGGCUCAGAGAAGGAGAAAGCAGUGGGGAAGGCAGGGAAACAAUAAAAGUGGGGUGUGUGUCUCUCAUUGUGCUCUCCAUCAAAGUGCUGGAAGUAAGACCUCAACAGGGCUCCCACCCUGGUCCAAUCACCAGGCACUGGCGAGCAGAUGGAACAAGUACAUCAAGCUGUGGGGGAUUAUUAAAAUGACUGACGACUGGGUAUCAUCUGAAAUACAGCAUUAUUAAUGCAUGAGUCCAGCUAUUCCCCUCCCUUGCCCUUGAACCUGUCCAUUUCAGAGAGAGCGCAGAGCUUUUUGAAGGAUCUGAAUGGCUCGCCACUGGCCUUAACUGGUCAAAAUCCUCGCUGUUGGUCACUGCAUUUUUCUCCUGGCUCUUAUUGAUACAGAUGGCUCUUUCUAGCUAUUUAGCACUCUUUUAUUCAAAUUGUCAAUACUCAUUUAGUGCUGACUUGCAUUGUUUCAACUUUUUGAAACAUUUAUACAUAAUUCAUGUAUGUUUUAUAAAUCACCUCAUUGAUAAUUCCUAUUUUUUUUUCAUUGCAUCUUUUCUACAUUGUUUUAAUUUUUAAGGUACAAACAAUUUAAGGAUGCUCUUCUACAAACAAACUUAAGUGGAUUUCCCUCCUACUCAACCAGUUUGGUAUUUUUAAAGUGUUUGCUCUUGUUUGCAGGUGGUUAGAUUGAUUUGUAUGUGAUUGUAAAUAAUUUCAUGACCAUGCCAAACUGCUUUACUUGGCUGUUGGUUGAAAAAGACUCUUCACAGAAGUGAAACUUGACUGUGCUUAUAUUGCAAAAAACACAUGUUAAAAAAGGAGAAAAAAAUUUUAAAAAAUGACAACAUGAACUCAUAAAGAGACAAUGUUUCAGAAGUGUUAUAAGCACUGGAUAUAAAUUGUAUUUUUAUUGAUUCUGAUCAAUGUGAAGCUGUUUGAGGAAAAAAAAAACACCAUGAAUGAACAAAUUCCCCCAGCUGGACUCAAGUGGGUUUUUCUGUCACAGUUACCAGAUUUGAGUCUUUUUUUGUCUGUUUGUUUGUCUUCUUAUUUUGUGUAUUUAUGCAAAGACACGUGUGAGGAAUGAACACUUUGUUUAAGCUUCAGGGCUGCCUUGGGGAGAGACUUGGCACAAAAAACAGUGAGCAGAAAUUCAACAGCAGGCUCUGAGAGCCACAAAUACCAGAUUUCAGUGCAUUGAAUAUUGUAUUUGAAACUGUAUCAGCAUAUAGUAUUUAUUAUUAGCCGCUAACGGCUCUAAAAUUGUUAUUAAAACAUCAACAUGGACAAUCAGAGAAAUUGGGGAAAAAAAAGGAAUUGGAGAUAAAAAACAGUUUUCAGUGAAUUUACAAUCUCAUUUCAUUUAAAUGUAAACAACAUAGUAAAUAUAUUUUUCCAGUGCUUAAAUAUGAGUUAUGUAUUUGACUGUUUUUUUCUUUUCUUUUUUCUUUUCUAUGUGUUUUAACAUCGGACAAGUCACUGUACCUCAUGUAGAUGCUGAUUUUAAUUGUGUUAUUAUUAUUAUUUUCUUCUGCUAAUUGGAAGACAGCUGUAUCGGUCCUGAGGUAGAGAGAAGGAUCUCACUUGUUUAAGUCUAACUAUUCAGCACACCAAUAGAAACUAUUCUCGUAAAACUAAGGUACUAAUUCAAUCAAAAAGCACUUGGUGUAACAGAAUUAUUGAACAAUCUUUUUUCAAUCAUGAUACAAUCUAAACGGUAUGCUGUGUAUCCUCACUUGUGUUUCUUAGAGCGUCCGUAUGUUGAGAAGCCAACAUCUUCUUAAAAAAUUGUACAUGCAUUUGGCUCUCAUCAACAUCAUUAUAAUAAACAAUGGUGGUUUUUUAUUUUUACUUUCUUUUCAUUUCUUUUUUUUUUUUUUACAAAUGACUGUUUCAAAUGCAAGUAAUGUAAUAUUCUUUAAUGUGGGAGUGUGCAAGUAUUUAUUUGUUUUAAUGUGGCAAAAUGUAUAGACAUAUGGCAUUCUCUAGUUCAAGCUCACUUUGCCAUUUUUUUUGUAUUCUGCCAUUUUAUUUUAUUUUUUUAUGAACAUGACUACGACUAUCUAGCCAGCCGCAAACGUGACUUCACCCUCACAAAUUGUUCCUCUUCGUCCACUUGACAUACAAAUGGUUUGAAUGAACCGAAGACAAAAAGCUUCUUUGCUGUUUCAACAUUACUGUAAUUUGAUUUUUUUUCCCUUUUUUUCUGAACUUUGUGAUGUAUAUGGUGGGAAUGUUCUCUGUGUCUCUGUGUUAAUUUAAUCAGCACAAUUCACUGACAUGCUGGACUGACAUGCUAGCUGCUGUUCAGAAGUGUAAAAAUUUGUUGUUCAGGGCAACAUGUUUUUUGUUGCCUUUGGUACUCUGCUUUUUAGAGUUGUUCUUUUAAGCAACACACUGUGUGGGGCUCUGCUAUCACUGGAGCCACUGUUUUGAAAUCGCUGGCAGCCUGAAACUAUUUUCUGCAUAGAAAUCCUUUUUUUUUCUCCCUCUCCUGGCAGGUACAGUACCUUGGCCCACAGCAAGUAUUGUUUGGGUGUUAUUAGAGAAAAUGAAAUACAUAGUGUCUGUUGCUGCUUUUAAAAAAAAAGUUUAUGUCUGAAUAUGUAAAUAGUUUAUCAUAAUAUCUUGUACAGUUCAAUGUAAAGUUUUUAAUUCAACUUAAAAAAAUGUUGCCAUCACAUUUGUGUUCACAUUCUUCUUUAUACAGAACAGAAGGUCAAUUAUUUGCUAGGGGGUAUUAUUCCAUAAAAAGAAAAAAAAAAAGAAAGAAAAUGUUACUUAAGUUUUGCUUAAUGUUUGUUUUGUUUUGCUUGGCUUCAAAGUGUACACCAGCAAGUCUUUGGUUUCCAUGUGCAGUAUUGAUGUGAGGUAUACUUAAGGUGAAUAAUUUUACAUUGGUAUGUGUGGAGAGCCCUCUCCUUGGCUUUGGUAGAUUUAAUACACUAUAUUAGGUAAAAACAAACAAAUGAUUGACACCAGUGGGUGCAUCUUGGCACCAUAGCAAUGUUUAUACUGUAAAUGAUUAAAUUAUCCCCACAGGAUGACUCGAGACAUCUUAUAACAGCAUUUUCGGUAUGUCUCGGCCCACUGUAUCAAUGCAGCGGUGGACUGAAUAACUGCCUGUUUUAGCUCAUUUACCUCAAGAUUUUCCCUCCUUUUCUGUAAAAGAGACAAAAAAUUGUGUUGCGAAAAGCUUCUCACAUCACUCCAUCUUUUGUACUGCUGUUGACACUUACAAAUUAAA